AUGGCAAAAUCCAAACCCAACGACAAGAAAUCCAAAAAGCGCUCCAAAUCCACCUUAAACCGCGUCUCUGGGACCCCCUCCAAAGCCCCUCAACCCACCCUCUCACCUGAAGUCCUCCUCGCGCAAGCAACCGCUACCCUCCAACAGGGCGAUAUCCUCGGAUCGGCGGAGAUCGCGAAACAGGCACUGGAUACUUAUGAUGGCGACUCGAUAGCGUCGCUACCGGCGCUCAAUUUGUUGGGUGAGAUACAUGUGGAAUUGGGGGAGAUUGAUGCAGCGCGAGAAUACUUUUUACGCGCGGUGGCUAUAGAUUGUGAUGGGACGGUGGGGGAGGAAUUAGGUGGCGGCGCGGAGAAAUUUCUUUGGUUGGCGCAGUUGAGUGAGGAGGGGGGGGAUGAUAGUGUGGGGUGGUUUGAGAAGGGGGCUGGUGCUUUGAGGAUACAGAUCCAGGCAUUGCAGGAGAGAAGGAAAUUGGAUGCUGAGGGGGGGGCGCUNAGGGGGGGGAUGAUAGUGUGGGGUGGUUUGAGAAGGGGGCUGGUGCUUUGAGGAUACAGAUCCAGGCAUUGCAGGAGAGAAGGAAAUUGGAUGCUGAGGGGGGGGCGCUGUUGGAGGAGAAGAGGAGGAAGCUGGCUGUUGCGCUGUGUGGUGUUGUGGAGGUUUAUAUGACGGAUCUUUCAUGGGAGGUGGAUGCGGAGCAGAAGUGUGAGGCGCUGGUUACGGAGGCUACGAUGGUUACACCUGAGUUUGCGGAGCCGUGGCAGACUCUGGCGAAUGUUAGGAUAUCACAGUCGAGACUUGAGGAUGCGCAGGCGGCGUUGAAGAGAAGUUUGGAUUUAUGGAAGGAUUUACCGCCGGAAGAUUCUCAGGUGCCGGAUUUUCCUACGAGAGUCAGUUUGGCAAGGUUGUUGAUGGAGGCGGAUAUGGAUGGGGAGGCCAUUGAGGUCUUGGAAAGACUGGUAGGCGAAGACGAUAGCAGUGUUGAAGUUUGGUAUCUAGGAGGAUGGGGUCUGUAUAUCAUGGGCGAGAAGCAGAAGAAUGGCGAAGUUAAGGCCGAAAACGAAGAUGGAGAAAGCUGGAAGAUUUCCUGGAUCUCCAGUCGACAAUGGCUGAAUCACAGUCUACGCCUUUUCGACCAGCAGGAUUACGAGGAUCAAAGAUUAGGAGAACACGCUAAAGAGCUUCUUGCUGCAUUGAACGCAGAACUUGGUGGCGAUACCACUAAUGUCGAGGAAGAGGAAGAUGGAGACGAUUGGGAGGAUGAAGGAAGCGAUCAGGAAAUGGGCGGUGCCUAG